AAAUAUUACCAUCGUCAUCUUUUAUUACUUUUCAUGGAUACUGUUGGCUUAACCUACACAUUGCAUCUAGAGGGCUAGAAAAGAUCUUGUAGAGGAGAGAAAACGGGCAGAGCUACUGGAAAAGACACGCCACGCUGAUGCUGAGCGCAAGGCACGAGCUCAAGAACGCAAACAGGUGGUUGACAUUAGCGAGUGUAAGUACAGAUAUUCAAGCUUGGAAACGGAUAUUCCCUACGUAUUUUUCUCACUUUUGUCGCUUUCCAGCCAAUUCAGACGAGGAUAAAUAUAUCAUGGACAACCUUUUGGAAAAGUUACGAGCUGGCGAGUUGGCUACCAAUACCAAGAAGCGAACGGCUAAACGAAGAGAAUCUAUACGUGAGCGUCGACUUUUGCGAAGUGACUCGGUGGUCAUUAAAGCGGAGGAUCUACUCAAAUAUAUUCAAAACGAAGAAGAAAAUGCCGCAGCAGCAGCACCACGACAACCGCGAACACGAUCGCGCCGCUUAACAGCAUCCAGUCGAUUGCGUCAACUGGCAUCUCCCACUGGCUCUCCUAUAUCAGAUGCUGAUGUGGCAGAACAAAGUGACGAAGAAAAGCAUAGCUAGACUUCAACCUAUUUAAUACUAUAUUUUGCAUUGUCACUUCGUUUUUGUACAGGCUAUAGUACUUUUAAUAUAUGAAUAUACAUGGAAAAUAGUGGGUUUUUGUUAAUGUUAUGAUCGUUAUAACUUGGGAACAUCAUUUACUGCUGGAAAAUUGGACAUCU